AAAAAAGGUUUAACCAUGUUAAUCGUACAUCUUUCAUGGGAAUAACCUCAAUCGUGAGGCAUUUAGGUGAGAGGAAACGACGAGAUAGCGAUUUCUUUAGGUUACACCGUGAUUGGAAAACCCUAGCUUAGAUCCUCUAGACUCAAUCCAAGCCUAAAGGUUGUGCAGAACCCAAGAAAGUUUAGAUCACUGACGGUGACCUAGGGGAUUCGUUUGAGAUGUCAAGCUUUCACGUGGGAGGAAAGGUAGUGGACAAGGUCGACUUGUGUAGGAAGAAACACUGGGCGUGGCCUUUGGAUGUUUGGCCGUUUGCUAUCCUCUAUGCUACGUGGUUGGCUACAAUCGUGCCUAACGUAGAUUUCAUCGAUGCUAUGAUCGGUUUUGGUGAUCUUCUUGCUUCUCACAUCUUAGUCUUGCUUUUCACUAUGUGGUCUGUGGAUUUCAAGUGUUUUAUCCAGUUUAGCAAGGUUAACAGUAUCAUCCAGGCAGAUGCGUUUAAAGUCACCCCAGCCAAGUUUUCUGGUUCUAAAAAAGUUGUGCCUCUUCAUUUUCGUAGCCAAAUGACUGGUUCGUCAUCCUCAGGAGACAUGGAAUAAAUUUUUUUUGACUUCAGAAAGCAGCGUUUUAUGUACUCAAAAGAGUUAGGAGCCUUUUCCAAGCUUCCUUACCCCACAAAGAAAACAUUUGGUCAUUAUCUAAAAUAUACUGGCCAUGGUACAUAAGAUAAAGUUGCAACAGCCACUGAGAAGUGGGGAAGGAACGUGUAAGACAACUUAUCACUUUUAUAUACAUGUUUUUUAUUAUAAGUUCAUUUUAUGGUCGACAA